AUGGCUGUGGACGCAGCGUCCAGCUUCAGUUUCUGCCGAGCCUCCCUGGAGCACACGGUGUCGGCUGAGGAGCUGAGCUACCAGCUGCCGCGCCGCGCCGGAGGCAGCAACCUGACCUGGCACGAUGGCCGAGGCCAGAGGACAGCACACACACGCACCGUCAAACUGCUGCAGCAGCCCGGCACAGAGGGCAUCCAGCUGCGUCCAGGUGAAGCCUUCACUGUUUAUCACACCAGUCCAACACUGUCCAGUCUGUCCAAACCUGUGGUGCUGUGGACUCAACAGGAUGUCUGCAAGUGGCUUAAGAAACACUGUCCUCACAACUACCUGACCUAUGUGGAGGCGUUCUCCCAUCACGCCAUCACAGGGCGGGCCUUGCUGCGUUUGAAUGGGGAGAAGCUAGAGAGGAUGGGAAUCGUCCAGGAGACGCUGAGGCAAGAGGUCCUCCAACAAGUCCUCCAGCUGCAGGUCAGAGAGGAGGUUCGCAACUUACAGCUCCUUAGCAGAACUUCCUUUGGAAACUUCUCUUAG